AUGGAUUUUGUUGCUGGAGCCAUCGGAGGCAUCUGCGGUGUUGCUGUGGGCUACCCCCUGGACACGGUGAAGGUCAGGAUCCAGACGGAGCCCAAGUACACAGGCAUCUGGCACUGCGUCCGGGACACCUACCUCCGAGAGCGGGUGUGGGGAUUCUACAGGGGCCUCUCGCUGCCCGUGUGCACGGUGUCCCUGGUCUCGUCCCUGUCGUUCGGCACCUACCGCCACUGCCUCUCGCACAUCUGCCGGGUCCGGUAUGGCAGUGCCGACGCCAAGCCCGCCAGGACCGACAUCACGCUCUCGGGCUUCGCCUCGGGCCUCGUCCGGGUGUUCCUGACCUCGCCUACCGAGGUGGCCAAGGUCCGCCUGCAGACGCAGACGCAGCAGCAGCGGCGAUCCUCAGCCUCCUGGCCCUCGGCAGCGCCCCCCAUGUGUCCUGCGCCCCCUUCGGGCCUGGUGCCUGGGCCCAAGUACCGGGGGCCGCUGCACUGCCUGGCCACGGUGGCCCGUGAGGAGGGCCUGCGGGGCCUCUACAAGGGCAGCUCUGCCCUGCUCUUCCGCGAGGGCCACUCCUUCGCCACCUACUUCCUCUCCUAUUCCAUCCUCAGCGAGUGGCUCACCCCUGCAGGCCACAGCCAGCCAGAUGUCUUGGGUGUGCUGCUGGCCGGUGGCUGUGCAGGGGUCCUGGCCUGGGCUGUGGCCACCCCCAUGGACGUGAUUAAGACCCGCCUGCAGGCCGAUGGGCAGGGCCAGCAGCGCUACCGGGGCCUCCUGCACUGCAUGGUGACCAGUGUGCGAGAGGAGGGGCCACGGGUCCUUUUCAAGGGGCUGACGCUCAACUGCUGCCGGGCCUUCCCUGUCAACAUGGUGGUCUUUGUCGCCUACGAGGCCGCGCUGAGUCUCUCCCGGGGCCUGCUCAAAUAG